CAAUCGAAUUGAGUGAAUAAUUAAGUUUGGUACGAUGAAGUUUGUUCUACUGAUUUGGUUAGCUGCGAUUAUUAAAUGUAAUGAAGGGAGAGAAUGGACAUAUUGUUAUCCUAAAUCAUGUGACGGUAAAAAACAUACAUUAUGUGAAUAUGGGGAAUGGCGAAGAGGGCCUGAAUGCAACAGUGUAAUUACUAAUGUCGUAACAGAUGAAGAGAAGAAAGAAAUUUUGGACACUCAUAACAAGUUACGACGCAAAGUAGCUAGCGGACUCGAAACACGCGGAAAUCCAGGCCCGCAACUAGGUGGAAUUAUUCCAAACCUUAGUUGGGAUAAAAGAUUGGCUAUAAUAGCUCAGGCGUGGGCUAAUCAGUGCCAAUUUAAGCACGACCUAUGUCGUGAUGUCAGGCGCUUCAGGGUUGGUCAGAAUGUUGGUUACACUGAGCAUAGCUUUAGAUCUUUCGACAAGUUAUCUGUGCUCAUCAUAAAUUGGUAUGAUGAAGUUGCCUAUUUUCCCAAUUAUAUGGUUGAAAAUUACCAGCCAACAGGACUUCCAAAUGUUGCUCAUUACAUCACUCUUAUAAGUGGUAGUACUAAGAAAGUUGGAUGCGGUCUUGUUCGGCAUUUUACUAACAGUUCUAUGUACAGAACACUUUUCGUUUGCAACUACGGACCUAGGGGUAAUUUUAUCGGUGAACCGGUUUAUCAGACAAAUAAUGGAUAAAACUAGCUGCAUCUGAAGGAAAAACGUUUAGGUGUCACUAGUUUGUAAAACACUCAUACAGAAAAAAGGUUUACUUGAACCAAGAAUACUUUGGCCUUCAAAAAUUUGAA